AUGUUCCUUCGGCAUUUGUGUCUCAAUAAUUUUUGUACAUUUUUUGCCAUCUCACAGGCGAUGGAAGCACAAGUGGACGCCGGUCGAGCCCGUUCCGUCGGGCUGUCGAAUUUCAACUCCAGCCAGAUAAAACGCAUCUGGCAGGCUGCUCGCAUCAAGCCGGCCAACCUGCAGGUGGAGCUGCACGUCUACUUCCAGCAGCGGGAGUUGGCAGCCUUUUGCAAAGCACUCGACAUGACGGUCUGCGCAUUCGUUCCAUUGGGGUCUCCUCAGAUGCCCAACCUGUUCCACGCAAGAGGCGGUGAUGCCAGCAAGUUAGUAAGCUUGAGCCCCAUGACAGAUCCGGUAGUGUCACGUAUUGCAGAGAAGUACAAGAAGACGACUGCUCAAGUGUUACUGCGUCACACCGUACAGCGAGGCAUUGUGGUCAUCCCAAAAAGUGUCAACCCUGAUCGCAUCAAGCAGAACUUCGAUAUUUUCGAUUUUGAACUGACGCAAGAAGAUAUGGAUGAACUAGAUGCUCUUGACAAAGGACCAAAGGGCCGAAUGUUUAAUGAUGCUAUUGCACCAGAAAGAACAAAACAUCCAGAGUAUCCAUUCCACGAGAGAUACUGAUACUUCAAUACUUGCAGCACUAGACAAUGUAUUGGAAGCUUUAUCAGGGACGUCUGAUGAAAUUAAUUCUUGGCAGCAUAUGUGAUUGCUGCCUUUUCUGCAGACAUUUAUAACAAAAUUUUUGUGAUUAUAUAUUCUCUAAUGAAAAAAUACAAAAGUAUGUUUUUAGUAAA